UACAAUAUAUUACAAAAAAAUGAUUCCGAGAAGACGUACUUUAGAUUUAUUACAAAUUAUUUCUUCCCAAUCAUGUAAAUGUCCAGCUCAUGGAAAUCCUGGAAGUACAAAUAUACAUGAAUUAAGGAAAGCUCGUAGCACAAUGGCUAAUACAAUGCCAACAAAAGAAUACGCAUUUGAGAUGGCUUGUUCUACAGUACGAUAUGGUGUUGGUGUUACAAAAGAAUUAGGUAUGGACAUGAAAAAUUUUGGCUCAAAAAAUGUAUGUUUAAUGACAGAUUCCAAUUUAAUAAAUUUACCACCUGUUAAGGCUGCAAUGGAUAGUCUUACUAAAUAUGGUAUACAAACUACUGUUUAUGAUAAUGUACGUGUAGAGCCUACAGAGCGAAGUUUAAAAGAUGCCAUUGAGUUUGCUAAACGUGGAAAAUUUGAUGCUUUUAUAGCGGUAGGUGGUGGUUCGGUAAUGGAUACUUGUAAGGCAGCAAAUCUUUACAGUUCUGAUCCCCAAGCAGAUUUUUUAGAUUAUGUAAAUGCACCUAUUGGUAAAGGGAAACCAAUUGUAGUACCAUUAAAACCAUUGAUAGCCGUGCCAACUACAUCUGGAACUGGUUCAGAAACAACUGGUGUUUCUAUCUUUGAUUAUCAACCACUUAAAGCUAAAACUGGUAUUGCUAAUAGGGCUUUGAGACCUACUUUAGGUCUUAUUGAUCCAAAACAUACACUCAGUAUGCCAGAGAGAGUUUGUGCUUAUUCUGGUUUUGAUGUGCUAUGUCAUGCACUUGAAUCUUUUACUGCAAUACCAUAUACAGAAAGAGCUUGUCCUUCUAAUCCAAUUCUUAGACCAGCCUAUCAAGGUAGCAAUCCUAUCAGUGAUGUAUGGUCAAAAUAUUCUCUUCAAAUAAUGCGCAAAUAUUUUAAAAGAGCAGUAUAUAAUCAGGAUGAUCUUGAAGCUAGAAGUAACAUGCAUCUUGCAAGUACCAUGGCAGGUGUAGGAUUUGGUAAUGCUGGAGUUCACCUUUGUCAUGCACUUUCAUAUCCUAUUAGUGGAAAUGUACAAAGUUUUCAACCUGAGGGAUAUAGUAAAGAACAUCCUAUAGUACCACAUGGUCUUUCAGUUGUUAUAUCAGCACCUGCUGUCUUUGCUUUUACUGGAAGUGCAUGCCCAGAAAGACAUUUAGAAGCUGCAGAAUUACUUGGUGCUGAUAUUAACCGUGCCAAGAAAAAUGAUGCUGGUAGAAUAUUAGCAGACACUGUUAAAGAAUAUAUGCAGAUGAUGAAAAUUGAAAAUGGCUUGACAGAAAUGGGUUUUAAAAAGGAAGAUAUUCCUGCUUUAGUUGAAGGCACACUGCCACAACAUCGUAUCACAAAAUUAGCGCCACGAGAUCAAUCGAGGGAAGAUCUUACACAGUUAUUUGAAAAUUCAUUUACAAUUUAUUAA